GACUUGCAGCUGAUGCAGACCGCGCGGUCGGAUGCCUUGUGGGUUUGGCCAUGGGCGAUGCCCUUGGUGCUCCUCUGGAGUUCCAUCCAGUGCGCUACAAGGGCGAUCCGGACUAUGCCAAGUAUUCACCUCCUGCAGGCUUUGACGAGGCGCUUUGGCAGGAUAAGUCAGAGAUGCGAGAGACCAAUCGUUUUUUGUUGCAAAUGGGCCAGUGGACUGAUGACACAGCUAUGGCACUGUGUUUGGCAGACUCAUUGUUGGCACACAACGGCUUGCACCCCAGAGAUCUUCGCCUGAGAUUUCUGGCGUGGUGGCGACUGGGGUACAACAAUGCUUUUCGAUUGGAUGCAGACCGCGCACGUCUUUGGGGCAGCCGUGCCUCCAUUGGAUGCGGCGGUAUCGUGGGUGAAUCACUGCAAGAGUUCAGGAAGGACGCAGCAGACUACACAAAGACGGGCACCAUCCACUCUAGCGGCAACGGCUCAAUAAUGCGCAAUGCACCUGUGCCGAUCUUGUACCAUCGUGACAUUGAUGUAGCCAUGGAAGCUGCAUGGCGGCAGUCGAAAACUACACACCAGGGUGACGAGGCAGCCGACUGCGCACGUCUUCUGACCUGGAUAUGUGUCAAUGCCAUUGUGUCUGGCUCUGGCAAACGAGUGUUACAGAAUCUCGACGACUUCCCAGCACGAUUCUAUUCAACCAAAUGUCUAGCGCAGUCACAGCAAGAGGAACGCUGCACAGACAAUGCAGAGGCGGACCUCGCCGACAGGGACUGGCGAUGGCGAAGGAGCAGCUACAGAUACUCACCCAAGCGUGCCAAGGCAGAUCCAGGAUAUGCGGGUAGCUAUGCAAUGGACUGCUUGGCCAUGGCUCUGCAUUGCGUGCAUGUGACGGACAGCUUGGAAUCUGCACUGCUCCAUGCCGCCAACUUGUGCGGUGAUGCAGAUACGGUAGCUGCUGUAACAGGGCAAAUUGCAGGUGCAAUUUAUGGUGCCUCAGCAGUACCCAGAAGCUGGCGCCAGCACCUACAGCGUUGGGAUGAUGGAGACAUUCCACGCCGUGCUUGGCUGCUGUUUACAGCUUCGCAGCCAGCAGACCCAGCCGCCAGGGAGCAACAAAGCAGGUGGGUAACUCUGCCUGCUGCAGAGACACAUGAAGUCCAAGAAGCUGAGCCACCCCCAUUGGAAUGCAAGUGCAAGCGCCGAUUCGCCAGCAAUGUUCUCUUCGAGCUUCACCGGAAGAAGUGCAAAGUGGCAGAGAAAGACCAGACAGAACCUAUCUGUGACAACGUCUAG